CUUUAUAGACCAAAGGAAAACAAAAGGAAUAGGCUAUAAGCGUCGUUACGCAUGAGGGGCAGCGAGGGCUGCCAGCCCGGUAUUCGGUAAGAGGAACGGUGAGCAGCAGAGUUGUGGAGGAUCGACAUCAUGACGGUCACGUACACCGCGCGCGUGGCGAACGCGCGGUUCUGCGGGUUCUCCAAGCUUCUGCUCGCGUGGAAGGGCAGCAUCUACAAAGUGCUCUACAAGGAGUUCCUCGCGUUUUUCGCCAUGUACACGGCCAUCAGUAUCACUUACCGAUUCUUUCUCCGUGAGGACCAGAAGCGCUCGUUUGAGAAGCUGUCCAUCUACUGCAACCACUAUGCCAGCCUCAUCCCCAUGUCCUUUGUGUUGGGGUUCUACGUGACGCUGAUCGUGAACCGCUGGUGGAGUCAGUACCGGAGCAUUCCGCUGCCGGACCGCAUCAUGUGCGCGCUGUCGGGGGGCCUGCAGGGCGGCGACGAGCGCGGGCGUCUGCUGCGCCGCACGCUCAUGCGCUACGCCAGCCUGGCCGGCCUGCUCAUCCUGCGCUCCGUCUCCACCGCCGUCUUCAAGCGCUUCCCCACCGUCGACCACGUCGUGGAGGCCGGCUUCAUGACGCGAGACGAGCGUAAGAAGUUUGAGAGUCUGCAGUCCCCCUACAACAAGUACUGGAUCCCGUGCGUGUGGUUCACCAACCUGGUGGCGGUGGCUCGAUGUGAGGGACGCAUCAAGGACGACUGCACACUCAAACUCAUCCUAGAGGAGCUCAAUAAUUUCCGGGGGCAGUGCAGCUUGCUCUUUCACUAUGACAUGGUCAGCGUGCCUUUGGUCUACACACAGGUCGUAACUCUUGCAGUCUACAGUUUCUUCUUUGUGUGUCUGAUUGGUCGGCAGUUCCUUGACCCCGCCCAAGGUUACCCAGGUCACGACCUUGACCUCUACGUGCCCAUCUUCACCCUGCUGCAGUUCUUCUUCUACGCUGGCUGGCUCAAGGUGGCUGAGGAACUCAUAAAUCCAUUCGGGGAGGAUGAUGACGACUUUGAGACCAACUGGUUGAUUGACAGGAACUUUCAGGUGUCCAUGAUGGCGGUGGAUGAGAUGUUCGGGGACCUGCCGCUGCUGGAGCGGGACCGCUACUGGAACGACUCCAACCCCCGACCCCCCUACACGGCCGCCACGCUCUUCGUGCUGCGCAAGCCCUCCUUCCAGGGCUCCACCUUCGACAUGACUAUCCCUAAGGAAGAGAUGCAUUUCCAGCCGCUGGAGGAGAUCGCCGAGAACCUGGAGGAGCACCGGGGGCGGAACCCCAACCUGCCACUCAUCAACCGGUUGCUAAGCGCCGCGCCCUCUCCCAGCGCCCUGAUGGGCGGCGCCCUGAUGAGGCGGACCUCCGCCCAGCUCCAGCGACUCACGCGUUACGCCAGCCCCGCCCCCUCCUACUCCGACGACGACGAGGACGACGACGCCGACAACCAGGAAGUGGGCGGGGACAGAGGCGGGGUGGGCGGGUCCUUGGGGUCGGGUCUGGGGCAGGACACACGGAGCGCGCUCAGUAGCUACAAGGGUGCGGCCAGCAGCCCAAAUGUCGCCGUGGCGACGACAACGACAACGGUGAGGUUCAACGGAGAGGCUGUCGGGGGAGAAAGAGGAGGAGGAGGAGAACAGGAGGAAGUGGAAGAGGAGGGAGCUAAGAGCCAAAUGGGGAGCGUCGCCACGGAAACGAGAACAUCGGCGCCGCCGCCUCUGCUGCCCCCACCUGUCCGUCAAGCCACGAGCCGCGGAUUCUGUCGCCCCGGCAACAAUGCCCCUUCCGCCAUCUACAAGUCCCGCCUCUCCUCCGCCAUGGCCAAUGCCAAUCGCUCCACGCCUGACUUCCUGUCCUUCCAGCCAAUCAGCGACGAGGCUAAGGUGCUGACGCCUGUGUCUAAGCCAAUCGGCUGCAACAAAGCCACCGGCAUGUCGCUGCUCACCGUCCCCUCGUUAGACACAGCGGCUGUGUCGGUGGGCGACGUCACCACGGCAACGCAGAGCUGGGCGACCGUCGCCGAGCAAGAGCCCCGGUCCCGCAGUGUCAGCGUGGGCUCCUCCGACGUGGGGGCGUCGCCCUCAAAGACCAUUGGCUGA